AAAUCCUUUUGUCAGUUUUUCUGGAUCUGGAAUAUUCGCUGGUCAAGCAUCUCGUCAACGUCGCCGUAUUGGUGUUACAGCUGCUCCCGUCUGGUUCGCGUUUUGGCUUUAGACGACGGAACCAACGACGCCGUUGCUUGCCCGUACUGUGACGGAGGUUUUGUCGAGGAGAUCGAAUCAUCGGAUAAUCACAAUCGUCGACUUCCAGCUAUGUACAUGAUCACCAGAAAUGAUAAUAACCGACAAUACUCGAAUCGGACACGAAACCUUGCCUUUCGUCGAAAUCGUUGGAGUUCCGUUGACCGGCCAAACAUCAAUCCAAUCAUCGUCCUACGUGGCACCACCGACGAGGAGAACAACACCACCAAUGGAAACAACAACAGUGGCUUUGAAUUCUUCUAUUACGACCGAUCUGGGUCGGGUUUAAGGGCAAUACCGACUUCGAUGUCCGAAUCUUUAAUGGGCUUGGGUUUCGAUCGGUUAUUAGAACAACUUUCCCAGAUAGAAAUAACCGGACUGGGGCAAUCAGAGAACCCACCAGCUUCUAAAUCGGCGAUCGAAUCGAUGCCGACGAUUCAAAUAGCGAUGACCCACGUUUGUUCAGAAAUUCACUGUGCCGUUUGUAAAGAGCCUUUCGAGCUGGGGACCGAAGCUAGGGAGAUGCCAUGUAAACAUAUUUACCAUCAAGAUUGUAUCAUCCCAUGGCUCUCCCUUCGAAACUCGUGCCCCGUCUGCCGCCACGCAAUGCCAACAGAUCGAAGCGAGUCAAACGAUGGCGUUUCGGAGACCGUAGGGUUGAGUAUAUGGAGGUUACCUGGUGGGGUUUUUGCGGUGGGAAGGUUUACAGGAGAGAGGGAAGUGCCCGUGGUUUAUACAGAGAUGGACGGUGGGUUUGGUGAAUUGGGCUCCGGUUCGGGUCAAGGAGCUGCGAGAAGAGUCACGUGGGUUGGGUUUAGAAGAAGAGAGAAUGGGUUUAGGAGAGUUGUUAGAAAUGUGACGUCGUUUUUGAGGGGUUUGAGCUCAGGGUCUCAUCGUGGAAAUGGUUCAACAUCCAUGUUUGGUAGGUUUACAAGAAGUAGAAGCAGAAGGUCAAGCUUGGUUUUGGAAUAAGACUUUUUGGGGGGUAAUUAAAAAAAAAUGAUUUUUUUCGCAUUGUUUUUGGGUUUGAAUUUGGAAAAUAUGUGUUCUUUAAUCAUUUUAAAUAGCAUUUAAUUGGCAAUAUUCAAGUUGCAAUUUCAUCUUAAUUUCUUGUGUCAUUUGAUAUGUUGUUGAAUUAGAUGGCAAGAAGGAAGGAAUGGAUCUAAAAGAAUGUAAAGAAAUUUGGGAUUUGUUUGAUCAAAAACAGAAACUUUUUGGUGUAGCCAGGUUUUGGGGUAGUAGAGAAUUUUCCCUUUAUGUUGGUGAUUGGGCAGCAAAAGUUUCUAAGCUUUAGUGAGUUUAACUAUUCACAUGCUUCCUUACAGGUGUUGGAAGCAGAAAGUCUGGAAACUUCCUUGGACAAUUAUUUUGAUUUUAAUGCUUCUUCAAUUCCAAGUUACACAAUGCAUCAAAAGCUGUGGAUUAGUAGUAGUAGUAGUAAAAUGUUGGAGAAUGGUUUG